UCACAAGCCGGAACACACGGGGCCUGGGGAGGCGGAUCCGCCGUUGCCCGUCAGCGUGGCGCUGUGGGAGCGGUGCCGGGGCCCGCCCCCGUUUCCAAGGCAGCGGCGCGGCCUGGCGGGCACGGGGCGCUGUGAGCCGUCGGGAGCGGGUCGAGGAGAUGGAGGAGCUGAGCGAGGAGGAGGAGUCAGUUGGUCAAGAGCGGGGGGAGGAUGAGGAGAAGCAGGGAGAAGGAGAAGAGGAGGAGAAGCAGGAGCUGGUCCCGUGUCCCCUGACGGAGGAGAUGCUGAAGGAGGGUCUCUCCCUCCUCUGCAAAACUGGCAACGGCCUGGCACACGCCUAUGUGAAGUUUGAAGCCAAGUAUAAGGACUUGACAGACAUCAGCCUCCUUGAAGGCUUCAUUCACCUGCGGUAUGUGGAUUUGUCAGAGAACAAGCUGCAGGAUUUGUCUCCAUUGAGCAAUUUAACCCACCUGCUUUGGCUGAAGGUGGAUGGGAAUCUACUUACCAGUGCACACAUGCAGGAGCUUCCCUACCUCCAGGUCAUCAGCUUUACUCACAACCAAAUCAAGAAUAUGGAGGGCAUUACUCAUCCGCACUUGGCCAGCCUCAGCCUUAAAGGAAAUAAAAUCCAGGCAGCAAUGGGUCUGAAUACACAAGCAUUGUAUAGCCUGCGUGUCCUGGAGCUGCGAGGAAACAAGCUAGAGAAUACAGCAGGGCUUCGCCUUCCCAAGCUCAAGAAACUCUAUCUGGCCCAGAAUACCAUUAAGAGCCUUGAAGGCCUUGAGGCACUAGAGCAGCUAUCAACCCUGCACCUGCGUGAUAAUGAGCUUGGGACCCUGGAUGGAUUCUCUAGCAGCAUGAAGUGCCUGCAGUACCUCAAUCUACGGAACAAUGCGAUCAGUAGCUUGCAGGAAGUGGCAAAACUGCAGGUGCUCCCCAUGCUGCAGGUCCUGGUGCUGAUGGACAAUCCAUGCGCUGACGAUUCAAACUACCAGCAGGAGGUUCUGGACCAGCUGCCAAACCUGAAGCGUCUCGACAAGGAACCAGUUGAGCAAAAUUAGCGUACAGAGGCGAAUGGAAUCUGUUAGAAAAGGCAGGAAGAAGAAAAGGAAAUGGAGGUACUUCUCCAGGGUGAUGUGACCAAGUGACCACCAGUUCAAAUCCCUGUUCCCUGUGAAGAUGUGGGGAUGCAUCUAUCCAUAGAGCAAAGCUACAGAUACGAGGUUCACCUCAUUUUGCCUGAAGAAGAGAGGAGUGUCCUGGCUGCUGCCUUCAGUUACCGCAGUGUUUUUACAGUCUCUGCACGUACAUACUCCAAGUAGUCCCAAGAGGGGAAAAGGGGGGUUACAAACGUUGUGCUUUGAUUUAUGGCUCGCAGAAAUUCUACGUGAUUUUCUUAUUUGGAUAAAAAUCUGUAAUGAGCCUA